AUGAAGGUUUCGUAUCUUUUCGGAGGGUUAGCAGGUCUGGGAAUGCUUCUUACUAUCUAUGGACUAUUAGAAUAUUACUUUUCUCUCAGCACUUGGCCCGAGCCAGUCCGUACACCUCUCAAAGCUGCUCUGAAGGCUCGUAAUCGUGGAGAUAUCGAGCUGGCCGAGAGAUAUUUCAAAAAAGCUAUCGACGCUGCCCUCUCCCUACCAACUUCAUCCCUCGAACCUAACCCUUUACUCAAAAUAACCGGAAUCUACGUUACUCUCUCCUCGAUGCUCGAAUCCGACGGUCAACUCGUUAAAUCCUACAUCGCUCUUCGAGAAGCUUUCCUACUCUGUGGACCGAGAGCUUUAGAAGCGGAUUACGCUAUGGCUCCUGGACAAUGGGGACCGGUAGCUUUUGAAGAACAUCGACGAGCUAUUGGUUUAGCUCAAAAGAUUGGUCAACUGGCAUUACAUAUCUCCACUUCUAGAUUCCCACCUCCUUAUCCUUCUUACGAUGAGACUAUAGCUACGUCUACUACUUCGGAAACACAAUCAACAAUAGAUAGUCCUCGUGCCAAAACCCACCAAAAUCCAUCCGAUGAGUCUACCUUGGGUGGUAUUGCAAAGAUGGAGGAUAAUGAGAAACAGAAAAGAAAGGAGACGACAGAAAAAAGUUUGAAAGGUAAAGAAAGAGAAAAAAGUUGGGACGAAGCUGCGGAACGUUAUCUCGAAAAAGCUCUCACUGCAAUGUUACAUCUCGGUCUCACAGGUGAAGAAAAAAACAGGGUGGUAGUCGGUAGAGGUAUAAACUUACCUGAUCCACCUCUAGAUGAUGAAGAUAAUGGUAGAGUUGAUAAAAGAGGUUUAGGUAUAACUAUGGAAUCACUUGCAGAAGUCUACGCUAAGAAAGGAAGAUAUGAUUUAGCUAUGCAAUUGAUCUUACAAGCCAUAUCAAUUCUAUUACCACCUCAAAAACAAGAUGUGGAGAUAAAGGAUCAAUGUCAAGCCGCAUUACUCAUGACGACACUCUCUUCUCAUUUACUUCAUCCACCAUCUGAACAAAACCUUAAACAUUCUAAAUCUUGGUCUUUGGAAGCAUUACGUUUGUCCGAACGAGCUUUGAAGGAAAAAGGUUUGACGAUGGAGAAUGCAGUUUGUACAAGGGCGAGAAGUGUGGCUAUUUAUGACAUGGGAGUGAUAUCAGAGAUGCAAGGUGAUUUGACAACCGCCGAAAAAUAUUUCGCCCAAGCAAUAGAUUACGCGAAGGAAGUAGGGUUUCCAGAAGCUCGUAGAGAAGCUUCAGAGGGUUUGAAACGGGUUCGGAUACAGCAAGAGAAGAAAAGAUAA